AGAGUGGGAGGAGUAAGAGGAAGAGAUGACGACGGUGAGUGUGGAACUACUCACACACACACAUACACGCACACACAUCACAUUGUCGUUUAUAAUGUUUCUGCUGCACGCACUGGCGUCAUUUAAUUAAGGAUUUACAUAGUGAUAUAUAUAUACAUAUAUAUACAUACAUAUAUAUAUAUGAUAUUUAAUUGGUGCUAAAAUCUUGGACUCUUUAAGAUGAAUCAAGUGUUGGAAUUUUCAAUCUAUAUUAUGGUUGAGGAAUAAAGCAAAUGACGAGACGAUGAUAUCUUCCAAUACAGAUAUGGGACAAAAUGAUGCUAUUUCUUGGUGUUUGCAAGACCCUCUACUUUCAUUGAUGUAUGUCCCUUCUUUAAAUAAGGACAAGAAUAUAUGUACAUAUAAUGACAAACCCAAUCCUGCUUUUGCACUGCCACCCUUUUAUACACAGGAAGUCAUCUUGGGUGUAAAAUUGAUUUGGAAGUCUUCUACGUUGAGUCUUGGGCAUUGUUGAAGAUGGCUAAUCCUAUAAGCAGUGCAAGAGAAGAAGUUGUGGCUGCCAGCCGGUCACGAAGUGGAAGUAAUAGCGGUAGUAUACAUAGAGCUGACUUGCGAUCGUCUUCACCUGAAGACUUUGCUUGCCAGCAGCAGUUUCAAAAUUUGAAAUCUUCAUUUGAAGAUUUAGCUUCUGAACGAUCGAGGAACAGAAAUCGGUGCGGGACUAACGUAAGUAAAUUAAAAAACAUAUUUAAUUCUGCAAAGAGUGAAGAAAAGAUACAAACGUCUCAUGGUUUUGCUUCGGAGGUAUCUCCGGAAUAUAUGCAGAAGAGAAGCGUAGAUGGCUCGGGAGUGAAACCGAAAGAAUCUUCCCCCACAAAAACCUCUCCAUUGCUGAAAGCAUCAAAUCAUGUUCAACGGUUCAACAGCACGCGUGCUAUGUUUGCCAAACUUGAAGAAGAGACUCGUAUUGCAAAAGAACGGUCUCGAAAAGUUGGCGGCAGAAGCAGAAACUUGAGUAUCACUUCUCCAAUCUGGUCACCAACUUCUAGUUCUUCCGCAAGUCCAGAAAAUCGAAAGCGGUCACCAUCCCAAGAAUCGCUUGGUUCAUCACAGGGGGAUUCAUCGUUGAAAUCAAAACUGAAUGACACACAUUCGAGUUCAGACUCAAAGCUUUCGAAAUGUAACGCUAAAGUAGAUAAUAAUUUGAAGUCUUCUGUGAAGGAUCAAUUUCUGCGGCCGAGAGGUUGUAGCGACCCAAACUUAAUGAUUAAAGAUUCUGUCUCUCAGCCAAACUACAACAUUCCUGAUUCAGAAUCAACAAUCGUAAAAUCAGUUGCAAGUGCAGAGUCUGCAGCUGCACUGGUUAAAAACUCAAUAACUACAGGUAGCCCAACUGUGCACACAAGCUUGAAAAGUCCAGCUGGGUCCCUGAAUGAUAAGAAUGAACUAUGUAACGUUUCCGGAAAUCUUCUCUGGAAGAGAAAACAAAUGAAGCGAGCAGUGUUGCUUGAUUUGGACCAGUGUAAAGUGACAAGUUUAAAUGUAGAUAAAAAUAGAGAUUAUUCCUCACAAAAAUCUUUAAACGACAAUCUUGAUAGUCCUGAGAGCUCCGUUGAGGAAACGCGAACAUUUUCAACACCAGAUUCAUCUGUCAGCUAUCCACAUAGUGAUAACAGUGCAGCAUGUUCGACAGAAGAUAUCCCAGCGGGCAUGUUGUCGAGGGAUUUUCAAGAUGAAGAGAAUGAAUUUAGUAGUUAUGGACUUUUAGAAGAAAUUGAAUCAGAUUUAUCAUCAAGGGGUACUCAGCUUCUAUUGCAUAGCAGCCAUGGAAUUAAAAAAGAUGCUGAUGAAAUUCAAAUGGAAGAAGAAUUUCAUCAAUUUAAUCAGCUUCAUCAGGUUCCAAGAGUGUCUGAUGGUCUCAAUGAUGGCAUUAACGACAUUGAUAAGUUGAGUGAGGUGUCGAGCUCUGAUGUUACUUCGUCUUAUCGCAAUAGUGUCAUUGAAAUGACCUCUCCCCAACUUGAAGACAGCCCAACUGGAGCACACAAGGAAUUUUUAACCACAGAAAACAGAGUACAAUUUCCAAAAGUAAUGCCUUCACCCACAAAUACUUGUGUAAAUGUGCCAGUUGUGUCCCCACCGGUUCCUCCACCGCGAAAAUCUAUUCCAAAAUCCCCUGAAAACAAGGACCUUAUGUUUAUUUCAAAAACUGUGAGUGGCUGUCCUGUGUCUGCAGACAAUCUGUCCUCAAAAUAUUCCGACCUUCAAGGAACCAACGGAGAGGUUGCAAAGUCCGCCCACCCUCCGAUGGAAUACACUAGUUAUGAGGCUGAAGAUGAAGAAAGUUCAUCGCAGGCUUUAUCAGAAAAGGAUAUUUUAUUCCAAAUAACAGAUGAACAUACCCCAGUCGAGGCUAUGACUCCCGAUGAACAAGAUAAACUACUCAGUCGAGAUCUCCAUCAGGAUUAUCUUUCUCCUCCAAGAACACACGUUUCACCAGGCUGUAUACUCAGUGAUGAAGAAGCGCAAGAAGUUGCACAGCUUCUUGCCCAGCGAGAGCAGGGUGAUGGUCAUGAAGAACCAGAUCGAAUUAUAGAUGACAAUUCUAUAUCAGGUUGUAGAGAAGUGAGGCGGAUCCUCCCUGUCCCUGAAGAUGGUUCCAGAAAGUGGAGGUGUUCGGAACAAAGUGAUGUUAGGCAUGGCGGAGGUUCACAGCAUGACAGCCAAGAGGAUUACGAGUAUGACUUAAUGGAAGGUCUCAGUUCUGAUGAGGAGGAAAAUAUCAAAAUAUCGAAAGUCAAGUUUAGUCGUGAACCGAUCAAAGUGUUUUCAACAUGGGCUACAUUUGAAUAUGACCGACGCAAUGAAGAUGUUGAUCCUGUGGCAGCUUCAGCUGAAUAUGAGCUGGAAAAAAGAGUCGAUCGAAUGAAUGUAUUUCCUGUGGAAUUACAGAAAGGUCACGAUGGACUUGGCUUAAGUAUUAUCGGUAUGGGAGUUGGUGCCGAUGCUGGUCUCGAAAAGCUUGGUAUAUUUAUCAAGACAUUAGCACCCUCAGGAGCUGCUCAGCGAGAUGGCAGAAUUAAAGUCAAUGACCAGAUCAUCGAAGUUGACGGCAAAAGUCUGGUGGGCGUCACCCAAGCGUAUGCAGCAUCAGUGCUGAGAAACACGAGUGGAACUGUGAGGAUUCAAAUUGGUCGCGAGAAGGAUCCAAGCAAAAGUGAGGUGGCCCGUUUGAUCCAGCAGGCUUUGGACCAGGACCGGAAGAAAGAGGAGAUGCACAGAAAGGACCAGGAGAGACUCGAGAGGCUCCAAUCUGAAUUCCAAUCCAAAGACGAAGCUGAGCAACAGUACGACUACGACGAGAAUGGCGAACUAGAAGACGAGGACGACGAAGAAGAGGACGAAGAAGACGAGGAGGAAGAGGACCUUGAAGAAGAAGUAGAGGAGGAGGAGGAGGAAGAGGAAGAAGAAGACGAGGAAGAACUUGGCAAGGAGUUUGAAGAAGCCGACCAAUCAUUGGAAGACCCAAUGGCAGGGGAAGCUACUCCAUUGUCGAUGCCUUCCAGCGAGCUGCUCAGCUCCCCGGAAGAAACUUCCAAAGCUUCUAUAGAAGUGUUUGAGUUGGAGGAGAGUAGCAGUGAAUCGAUUUCACCCGAUAUGGAGUCCCAGGCAAUGUUUGUCAAGUUAAAAGAACUCCAGUACAAAAAUGCUGUUGCUGAAGCAGAAUUAGCAAAAUUGAAAGCAAAGAUGAUACUGCUAGAAAACGCGGAAGGUCAGAAACGUCAUUAUGAGAAGAAAUGUGAAGAAAUGGCUCAACGCUUACUCGAAAAGGAGAAAUCCCUUGAGAAUUCUCGCAAAGAAAUAAACAGAUACCAGGAUUUAAUGGAGAAUUCUCAAGGACAGUACAUUGCCUUGGAGAAGAAAAUGCAAGGAGAUUAUUCCAUUUUGGAGAAAAAAUACCAUAAAGCCAAAAAGUUGAUCAAAGAAUUUCAACAGAGAGAGAAGGACUUUAUCCAGGAACGAGAAUCGUUAUUGCAGCAACAGGCAGAACGUGAUCAACAAUAUAAUGCUUUAGUGAAAUCUUUGAAGGACAGAAUAUUCCAACUGGAACAUGAUUUAGCAGAAACACAAAAAGCUGCAGGAUUACCUGUGGCCAUACCUAAAGAAUCUGGUUCUCCCAGUAACCAACGGGUUGAGAAAACCGUUGUUACCAUGGGGAACCCAACAAGUUUACCAAAGUCACCCGAUAAUGACCUCAGCCUUGACACAGACACCAUGUCGUCCGGAUCAGAAAUAUCUAUUUCAGAUGUAGGAUUAAGUCCAGAAGCUGAAUUAUUGGACUCCCAAGUGGUGAUAGAAAAGAGUGGCGCCAAGCCUCAAGACCUGGAUGCUGUCCCAGAAACAGAGCUCUUGGAUAUUUCUGCCAACAGAACUAAGGCAACGCUAGCAAACGUUGGCAGUCUUGCUACUAGGCGACCACCCACAAAGAAAGGAAAAAGUGAAUGUGACAGUGAUCAAGAAGAUAUGGAAGAGAACAAUGAAGGGAUUCCAGAAAUUCAGGGAGAGAACACUAACAACAACAUCGGUAACAAUGGUGUUGAUGGUGUUGAUGGCGGUGACGGCGGUGGCUUGGAGACCUGGAUCAAACACGACAGACUGCCUGCAUUUGUACACAUUGAUAGCACUGUCAGGAAAUGUGAUUCCAAGAGAUGGAAAAAUCGCCAACAAUCAGACACUGCACUUAUUGACCCUUCCUCUAACUCCCCUGGUGGCACACCUUGCCCAGUUGUCAGCUCAGCCGAUUCUAGUGUUACAAUGACAACAACCAUUAAUACUACAGCCACCACCACCACCACCUCUACAACCAGCACUGCUACCACUACCACCAAUACCACUGCCAUCACCGCUACCACCAAUACCACUGCCACCGCUGCUACCACUGCUUCUGCCACCACCACCACUACCACCACCACAGCUUCUGAUGCCACCUCUUCAAGUUCCUCUGUAAAUGUCGCUUGUAAUCAGAACCCUUUUACUUCCUUACCUGAAGUCGUAACAGUGAGUGAGUCCUUGACCAAGGUAGCCGUGCCCAUCCCUGAGAUUCAGUUGAACAGUGUCACUGUAGCUGUCACAUCGCCCUCUUGGACUGUCCAGGAUCCAGUCGUGAGUGCAGACGAUGAGAAAGCUACUUUGCUUCCCUCCCCCACCUGUUCACUCCCGGCCUCACCUACCAGCCUCUCUUCGGACACCAGCCUCCCCACAGAACCCAACAGCACAGCUGACCCAAACCUCUUCAGAAGAGACAGCCACUCCGAUACAUCUUCGUCAAUGUCACAGACAUCAUAUGACCCCUCAAAACCCGUGUUCAAGGACCUCAACUCAGAGAUCCCUGACAGUUCGGUGCCCAGCACUGAGACCACAGAUACCUUGGAUGCAGUGAAUUCUUCAAAGGAAACUGUUACCUUGGUCUCUAGCAGACCCCUUUCAGGGGAUAGAAUUAAUUCAGAAGGUUUUACAGUCAGCUUAUUCCCUUCCAAGUUUAAACGAAUCGGUUCUGCAGAAAGUUGGGGAAAGAAAAAGAACAAAAUGAAAUCCCACCCCAUUCAAUUAAUUAGUAGUCAUUCGUUAGAAACUUUUCCUGCCUCUUACGAUUAUGACUCCGAACCCAGUUCCAGCUCCAGUGGUGUUGUACUUCUGUCUAGUCGGCCACUUGAACCAGACAACUUCGUUUCUUGGAAUGGUAACAGAACAGGUGCUCAACCAAACAUCUCCAUUGAACACUCACCUGCUAGCACAGCAUCAAACAGAAGCCCAGAUUCCAAAUCAAACAGAUACUCAUUGAAAAGUAAUUUAUCAUCAAAUCCAUCGGAGGAUUCCACCUUAAAUAAACGAAGUAACCAAACCAAUGUCGGUUCAAUCACUGACUGGAGCCACGAUCAUGUUUGUCAUUGGUUGCAGACUCUUGAAAUGUCUCAAUAUAUCCCGAGCUUCCACGAGAAACAGAUCUCUGGCAAAGACCUACUACUUCUGGACGGAUCUAAACUUAAGACCCUUGGAGUGAGCAGCAGCAGUGACCGGAAUGUGUUGAAGAAGAAAAUCAAAGAGAUGAAGACGGCUGCCGAUAAAGAACGCAAACAAAUGGAGAAGGAGCGAAAAGCCAAAGAAAAAGAACAGAAAAGGUUACUCAAGAAGAAAUAAUCCAAAUGGAGAAAUUUAAAAAGAAAAAAAUUUAAAAGGGUAGGAAUUGGGUGGUUUAUAUAUAUAUAUAUAUAUAUACACACAUGCAUACAUAGAUACACAUGUAUAUGUGUAUAUAUGCAUAUAUAUAUAUAUAUAUAUAUAUAUAUAUGUAUACACACACACAACACAUACUUGUAUGUAAGAUGGUGUGAAGACUUUACAUUUACUGUUUUGAGGUACUGAAAUGAAACCCAAACUAAACCGAUUCCAAGACAGCUGCUUGCAGUAUGGCAAUUUACCCUGAGGUAGAUUUGGUAAUUCAUAAUCAAGGAAUUAUUAUUAUGACUGUGAAAUUGUC